UUCUCUGUUGAGUUGUUGUUUUUUUUUUUUUCCCUUCAGCCAUUUUUGAUGUUUUGGUGUUCUCUGUAAAAACUUCACAGAGAAGAAAUGGAGAGUAGGGUACCCUUUGUCCUGUCCUGUCUCUCACUCAUGCUGCUACUUCUCUUGCGUCUUUCCUCUUCUCAGAUGCCAGGUUUCGUAAGUUUGGACUGUGGAGGUAAAGAAAAUUUCACUGAUGAAAUUGGUCUUAGAUGGACUCCUGAUGAUAAACUUACUUAUGGAGAAAUAAGUACUAUAUCAGUUGUCAAUGAGACACGAAAGCAAUACAUGACACUUCGACACUUUCCCGCUGAUUCCAGAAAAUACUGCUACACAUUUGAUGUUGUCAGUAGGACAAGGUACCUACUGAGGGCAACAUUCUUGUAUGGGAACUUUGACAGAAACAAUGUUUAUCCAAAAUUUGACAUUUCUGUUGGGGCUACUCAUUGGUCUACUAUUGUUAUAUCUGAUGCUAAUACUAUAGAAGUGAGAGAGCUUAUAUUUUUGGCUUCAAGUCCUACAGUUAGUGUAUGUUUAUCAAAUGCAACAACUGGGCAGCCAUUCAUAUCUACACUUGAACUCCGGCAAUUCAAUGGUUCGGUUUAUUAUACAGCCUAUGAGGAACACUUUUACCUCAGAGUCUCCGCGAGGAUAAAUUUUGGUGCAGAAAGUGAUGCCCCAAUCAGGUAUCCUGAUGACCCAUUUGAUAGAAUUUGGGAGUCAGAUUCUGUCAAGAAAGCAAAUUAUCUUGUUGAUGUUGCUGUUGGAACUGAGAAAAUUUCCACCAAAGUACCAAUUGAAGUUAACAAAGAUGAAAUGCCACCAAUGAAAGUAUUGCAGACAGCUGUUGUGGGUACAAAUGGAUCUCUAACUUACCGGUUGAACUUGGAAGGUUUUCCUGGUAUUGGAUGGGCUGUAACCUAUUUUGCAGAGAUUGAAGAUUUGGCUCCAGAUGAAACCAGAAAAUUCAGGCUAAUACUUCCAGGCCAGCCUGAUAUGAGUAAGGCUGUGGUAAAUAUUGAAGAAAAUGCUCUAGGAAAAUAUCGCCUUUAUGAACCAGGAUAUACCAAUCUAUCCCUUCCAUUUGUGCUGUCCUUUAGAUUUGGCAAGACAUCUGAUUCUUCCAGGGGCCCUCUUCUAAAUGCCAUGGAGAUAAAUAAGUAUCUGGAGAAAAAUGAUGGCUCUCCUGAUGGAGAAGCUAUAUUUAGUGUACUUUCACACUACUCUGCAUCAGAUUGGGCACAAGAAGGGGGUGACCCUUGUCUACCUGUUCCAUGGUCAUGGGUACGAUGUAGCUCAGAUAUACAACCAAGAAUAGUUUCAAUUGUGUUAUCUGGUAAAAACUUGACGGGCAAUAUUCCUUUGGACAUCACCAAAUUGACUGGUCUGGUUGAACUAUGGCUUGAUGGAAAUAAGUUGACUGGCCCAAUACCAGAUUUUACUGGAUGCAUGGACUUAAGGAUCAUUCAUCUUGAGAACAAUCAGUUGACGGGUGCACUCCCAACCUCUUUGAGGAACCUUCCAAAUUUGAGAGAACUGUAUGUCCAAAAUAAUAUGUUAUCUGGAACCGUACCAUCAGAUCUUCUGAUCAAAGGUUUGGUUUUGAACUACUCUGGAAACUUUAAUCUUCAUAAAGGAAUCAGAAAAAAGAGCCACAUGUAUGUGAUUAUUGGUUCAGCAGUUGGGGCUGCCGUUCUACUUUUGGCUACUGUUAUAUCUUGCUUUUUUAUGCAUACAGGAAAGAGAAAAUAUUAUGAGCAAGGCAGCCUUGUUUCUCUCCCUUCUCAAAAUCUGGAUUCUUCUAAGAGAGAUGGUCCUGCAGAAGCUGCUCACUGUUUCAGUUUUUCUGAAAUUGAAAAUUCUACAAAUAAUUUUGAGAAAAAAAUUGGUUCUGGAGGUUUUGGAGUAGUUUAUUAUGGGAAACUGAAAGAUGGAAAAGAGAUAGCAGUUAAAGUUCUAACCAGUAAUUCCUAUCAAGGCAAACGAGAGUUCUCCAAUGAGGUGACUCUUCUUUCAAGAAUACAUCACAGAAACUUGGUACAGCUUCUUGGGUAUUGCCGAGAAGAGGGGAAUAGUAUGCUUAUUUAUGAGUUCAUGCAUAAUGGAACUCUCAAGGAACAUCUUUACGGCCCAUUAACACAUGGACGGAGUAUCAAUUGGAUUAAGCGCCUUGAGAUUGCAGAAGAUGCUGCAAAAGGGAUUGAAUAUCUUCACACAGGCUGUGUUCCUGCAGUUAUCCAUAGAGACUUAAAAAGCAGCAACAUUCUUCUUGACAAAGACAUGAGAGCCAAGGUUUCAGAUUUUGGUCUUUCAAAACUUGCUAUUGAUGGAGUCUCCCAUGUUUCUAGCAUAGUUCGAGGGACAGUAGGAUAUCUGGAUCCUGAGUACUAUAUUUCCCAGCAGCUGACUGACAAGAGUGAUAUUUAUAGUUUUGGUGUAAUUCUUCUUGAACUCAUUUCUGGGCAAGAAGCAAUAUCUAAUGACAGUUUUGGAGCUAAUUGCCGAAACAUAGUCCAGUGGGCCAAAUUACACAUUGAGAGUGGAGAUAUACAAGGCAUUAUUGAUCCGGCGUUAAGAAAAAACUAUGACCUACAAUCAAUGUGGAAAAUAGCAGAGAAAGCAUUGAUGUGUGUUCAACCUCAUGGACAUAUGAGGCCAUCAAUAUCAGAAGUUCUAAAGGAGAUACAAGAUGCACUUGCUAUUGAGAGAGAGGCCGAAGGCAAUUUAGAUGAGAUGCCAAUAAAUUCUGUUCAUUCUUUCAUGACUACGGGUCUUGGUGCAACUGAUAGUUACCUUUCAAUUGAUGAAUCCAUUGGACAGCCUGCUGCACGAUAGAGUCAUAGUCCUCUCUUGUAAACAAGCAGAAAAUUUUCCUAUUUCUUUCUCCAAUUUUCCUAUUAUUAUUAUUAUUAUUUUAAUGUGUCCAUGCCUUGUUGGAUGUUAUGAUAUGUAGGUUUUGCUUUGCAUAUAACUUGUAGGUUGGCCAGUGAACUGGUUUCAAAUUUGCUUUUUGCUCAGUUGAAUGUGCCAGCAUUAAUGUGGCAUAUUCAUGUGCUUGGACUUGCACAGAUGGCAAAUGGGAUGUAUAUGGAAAUUAGCAUCAGUGACUGACAGUGACUCAAGUUACUACGUAAACAGUGGCAUGGUGCAUGUAUAUUU